GGCUUACAGAACCUCGCGAUGCCCGGAGCCCUUGUGAGUAGCGGGUGGGUAACCCCUCUCGUUCUUUUUUCCUGGAGCGCAGUGGCAAGAGCACGAUGCCUGGAGUAACUGUAAAGGACGUAAACCAGCAGGAAUUUGUGAGGGCCCUUGCAGCCUUCCUCAAAAAGUCAGGUAAACUGAAAGUACCUGAAUGGGUGGACACAGUCAAACUAGCCAAACACAAGGAACUAGCUCCAUAUGAUGAGAACUGGUUCUACACCAGAGCUGCAUCCACAGCUCGCCAUCUGUAUCUCCGUGGGGGCGCCGGAGUCGGCUCCAUGACCAAGAUCUACGGGGGCCGCCAGCGCAAUGGCGUAAUGCCCAGCCACUUCAGCAGAGGCUCCAAGAGCGUUGCUAGGAGAGUGCUGCAGGCUUUAGAAGGGCUCAAAAUGGUGGAGAAAGACCAAGAUGGAGGUCGCAAACUUACUCCCCAGGGGCAACGAGAUCUGGACAGGAUUGCAGGACAGGUGGCAGCUGCAAACAAGAAACAUUAAAGUGAAUUGCAGUUCAGAAAUAAAGUCCUUUAUUUACUGA